AUGGCCGGAAACGGGGGCGAGGGAGGUGGGGAGGAGCCUCCGGUGGCGGCCACUGCCGAUCCAUCCGCGCAAGACGAUGGAGAAGAUGAGGCAUUCUUGGGACCAGUUCCGCCGGAGCCCAAGAGAAGGAAGGUCCUCCAGUUCUCGGACGACUAUUUGGGUGCGCUGCCCUGCGCUGAGAUGUACGAAAGGAGCUACAUGCACCGCGACACAGUCACGCAUGUUGCGACGUCGAGUCGUGGUUUCAUCAUAAGUGGAAGUGCUGAUGGACACGUGAAGUUCUGGAAGAAGUUACCACAAGGCAUCGAGUUUGUGAAACAUUUCAAAGCGCAUUUGGGCCCAAUCGAUGGCCUCUCUGUCAGCCAUGAUGGCACACUGUGCUGCAGCAUUUCAACAGACCGUGCUGUCAAGGUGUACGAUAUUGUGAGCUUUGACAUGGUGGUGAUGGUUCGCUUAGAUUACAUGCCUGGAUGCGCAGAGUGGGUGUUCAAGAUGGGGGAGGCACAGAUGCGAUUGGCCAUUUCAGAUCGGCAGGGGCCUGCUAUUCAUAUCCACGAUGUUCACGGUGCCAACAGCUCUGUGCCCUUGCACUCUGUGGCCAUCCACAGGGCCGAGGUUGUGGCAAUGAAGUACAACGCAGUGUUUGACACAGUGAUUUCCAUCGAUGCAAAAGGGGUGGUAGAGUAUUGGAGUGGCAGCACGUAUGACUUCCCUCAAGCAGCUGUGAAGUUCAGCCUCAAGCUCGACACUCACCUCUAUGAACUUGCAAAAGCAAAAUCGACCUCACGGUCCUUGGAGAUCAGCAAAGAUGGCCUUCAGUUUGCAACGUUUUCAACAGACCGCAGAGUCAGAGUUUUUAGAUUCCAAACUGGGAAGCUUCGAAGGACAUAUGAUGAGUCUCCUGAGGCAGCCAGUUCAGUCCAACGUAGUGGACCAGAGGCCCAUCAGCUGGAAGAUGUUGACUUUGGUCGUCGCAUGGCUGUGGAAAAAGAGCUGUUGCUGGCCCAUGAUGCGCCCUGGCCAAAUGUCAUAUUUGAUGAGAGUGGCAACUUCGUCUUAUACACAACGUUGCUGGGCAUCAAGAUUGUCAACCUGCUUAGCAACACUGUUGCUCGCAUUUUGGGGAAGGUUGAGAACACAGAACGUUUUCUGUGCUUGGCACUACAUCAAGAGGAAGCAAAGGGUCGUCUCCCCCAGGCAGAGGGCACUGAAUCCAAGCUAGAUCCUGUGCUCGUGUGCUGUGCAUUCAAGAAGCACAGAAUCUACAUAUUUUCGCGCAAGGAGCCCGAGGACGCAGAGGAAUCUGGGCGUGGUCGAGAUGUGUUCAACGAGCCACUGACCCAUGAAGAAGUCCUGGCCGCCGAGGCAGAACUAAACACAACAGCAGCGAGCCUGCCCCAGGCCGCAGUUAUUCACACAACGAAGGGAGACAUCCACUUCAGGCUGUUCCCAGACGAGUGCCCAAAGACAGUGGAGAACUUUGUGACACAUUCAAAGAACAACUACUUUGAUGGUGUCAUCUUUCAUAGAGUCAUCAAGGGGUUCAUGAUUCAGACAGGAGACCCCCUUGGUGAUGGAACUGGUGGCGAGUCCAUUUGGGGGGGUGAAUUUGAGGAUGAGUUCAACAAGAAUCUCCGACACGACAGACCGGGAAUAGUUAGCAUGGCCAAUGCAGGCCCGGGCACGAAUGGAUCGCAGUUUUUUGUGACUACCGUAGCAACACCGUGGCUCGACAACAAGCACACAGUUUUUGGACGCGUCACAAAGGGCAUGGAUGUUGUCCACGCAAUUGAGAAAGCAAAAGUGGAUCGCCAUGACAAACCAUUGGAUGAUGUCAAAAUAAUGAGUGUAACCAUCAAGGAUGCAGCAGUGUAG